CCUGGAUACUGGUCUCCUGUAUGUAACGCUAAGUUUCUUGCUGCCAAUCAAGUCUUGGACUGCAGCUGUUCUCAAUCUAGUCUGAUUACAGCAGAAGGCUUUCUUCGCAGUUCCACCGAGGACCUCGAACAGUAUUGUUUUCUCAUAUUCUGCUGUUGUUUUCUUGUGAAAUGCCGUUUGCGGAGGACCCCGCUCAUCUCUCUAAAUCUCGUCUAAAGUCGGAUUUAGUUGCUCAUAACGUCGCGCUGCCAUCUGCAGCGAGCAAAAAGGCAGUGUAUGUGGAGCUGCACCUCAAACACAUUGAUCAGAAAAACGCGGCGGAUUUCUCCAGCGACGAGGAGGACCGUGCAGAUGACAAGAAGGAUGCAGAGAUGCCUGUUCCAAGUUGUCUGACUGAUGAGGACCUCAAGGCCAUGCUACGCAAACAUGGUGUUAAACCUGGGCCUAUAACUGCCUCCACUAGGGUCUUGUAUGAAAGGAAACUCCAUAAACUGCUGCAGUCUGACAGACGCGAAAGGUUGAAUGAAGCAGACAAAGCCGUACUGUACUCUGACUCUGAAGAGGAGAAAAAGCAGCAGGAGAAGGAUCAAGACUCGGGUUCAGAAAAACAACCUGACCCGUCAGACCAAACCCAAAAAGAGAGCAGCCAGAAUCACGUUUUUUACCCACAGUGCUUUUUACCCUCAUCAAGGCUGGCUUGGCUUUUUAAGCGCCCUUGUCCUCCUAGAAACACAGAAUCUAGUUCCAACUGGAAUUCACGGAAUGCGUUAAAGUCUUCAGAGCGGAGUCAAUCUCAGUGCUCACAGAUUAUUAGCACAUCCACUGCAGAUCACCACACAGGAUUAGGAUCAACGGUUCUACCUAGAUCAAAGUCCACUGAUGACUCAUCACUUUCUUCUCAAUACUUCAGCAUCACUCAAAUGGUUGAGGAGAUGGAGAAUUCGAGCUCACGGUCUGUCACAGACAAUGCGUGCGAGUUCAAUGGGACCAGUGUGCAGGAAAACUGGGCACAGUCAGACAGGCCUCCCCAGGAACCUGUGAAAGAUGCUUUCAAGGACAUCCUUCCAGGCAGUAAGACCACUCCGACAGGGAUCUACGUCACUCGCCGGAGACCCAUCAAGGGUGCUGCACAGAGACCUGUCCAGUAUUCCUACCCUGACAGUCCUGUGAGUCCCAUGACCCAGCAGAGACGGGAGGUGGAGCGCUAUCUUGUACCCAUUCACAUACAGAUUUUAGUUUUCAUAAUUGUAGCAUGUGUCCUGUACCUUAUUUAUGUUAAUGUUGAGGGCAGUCUAAGCUAUUGGUCAUACGGUGAGGACAGGCUUCUGGUUCAGGCAGAGUCACAGGACGCAGAAGCUGACUAUGCACAGGAUUGACGUUGCUUUAAUUUAGUGUUACUUUCACACAGACAGAUUUUGUUUCCCCUUUUAUGUUUGCGGAAGCAAACUGCAAAAUCCAGUUUUAUACUUCGUCGUUGUUGUUUUUGUUUGUAUGUUUGCUUUUCUAUGAUAAUAUUGUCACUGUUCUUGUUACUAUAGAAGUGAUGCCGAAACGGGCUAAUUUUAAAAAUUGUCUAUUUUCUUAACCCUAACUGUAAUAUUGCC